CCGUGUGCACAGCUGUAAUCCCAGCCUGCGGGAGUGGGGAGUCAGGAGGACCCCUGAGUUCCAGGACAGUCCUGGGGCUGCAGAGCGAGACCUUGCCUCGAAAUAAUGACUGUAAAAAAAAUUUUUAAAAAAUGAUGCCUCGCGACUGGGAUGCAACUCAGAGCUGCAGCACAGAGAGGGGUGUCGGGGACUUUCUGUGUGACACAAGUCUCUCGGCCUGGCCUCCGCCUGCCACCAGUCCUCCCCCACAGCUGCUUUGGGCCUCAGGACCUUGGCUUUGCAGUGCCAUCUGCCUGGAACCCAGUGUCCCCUGCCCAGGGGCCUCUUCUCCUCGUAGCCUGGUCAGCAGAGAGCCAAAUGCAAGCCCCAACCCUGAUGUCCCCUUCUCCAGAAUCCAUAGGAGGAGGCGGCAUGGGGGACGACUGUGUCCAGCUCUCCAGCUGUGUCCUCCCCAACACUGGGUGCUCCUUGAGGGCCUGGCCAGGGCCGAGGCCUCUUCACGAGCCCAGCACCGGUGAUGUUUGUUGAGUGAAUAAGUAAUGCACACACAGGUCGGGAGGCAAGUGGCCUGACACCAGGAAGCCAGUGGGAGGGGCGACGGCCACUUGGGGCGCAGGAGGGGCCACUGGCUUCCAGCAAGAGGGAAGUGGGACCUGCCGCCCCUCCUCCCCGUGAGAGCCUUGCCGAGGGCGGAUCCGCUCCCUUUCUCUCUUCCCCUCUGCCCUCCUCCCGGACACCAGUUCCUCUUCACCCCAACUUGCUGCGUGCAGGAUCUCAGGCGCCCCCAAAAUCACCGCAGACCGGUGGCCUCAGCCCGGGGGUCCAAGGUUGCUUGAAUGGGGGACAACCCGGCCCUGGAGGUGCUGCUGACGCUGCUGCUGCUGCUGCUGCUGCAGAGGUCAGCAGGCCAAGGGCUGACCUGCACCGUCCUCCCGGGGACAGUGGACUGGGCCGCGGAAUUUGAUGCCACCUGCCUCAACUUUAGUGGCCGUGGCCUGCAGCUGCCCCAGAACCGGUCCCUGCAGGCCAGCCAGGUGCGGGUCCUCGACCUGUCCUCCAACGGCCUCCGAGAACUGCCACCGCUCUUUUUUGCUGAACUGGGGAAACUGCAGGACCUGCGUGUGACAGACAACCAGCUGGACAGAGUGGACGGGGCGCUGGCCGCGCGCUGUCACCUUGACCUCCAAGCUGACUGCAGCUGUGUCCUGAUGCCCUGGCACCAGGUGCGACAGGACAACUGCUCAGGCCAGCAGCCCCUGCGGUGUCUGCACACGGCCACCGGUGCUCUGCACAACCUGUCCACCUUCCUGGACGUCAGCUGUCCCCCCGGGCCCGCGCCGGCCACCAUCGGCCUGGCCGUGGCUGGUGGGAUCCUCUUCCUGGGGCUUGUCAUUGCCGCUCCACUGCUGACCUGGAGGCUCUGGGGACACAGAGUGGCCAGAGGCCAAGGCAAAGGCCAGGCCCCUCAGGACAGGUCCAGAGCUCGGCUAGCUUCCCAGCCCAGGUACAGUAGCCGGGACCCUGGUCACCCCCGGCCCCGGUUGGCCACCGCACACCACCGCACGUCUGUGCCCGACUAUGAGAAUGUGUUCAUGGACCAGCCGGCCGAGGAUCCUCAGUGGACCCCACAUGGGCCUCAGGCUGCCGAGGACACGGACUUCUAUAUGAACUACAACAGCCCCGACCUGGACGCCCAAGCUGUGUACUGCAACCUGGAGCCUCUGGGCCAGGGGGCUGCGCUGGAUGAAGAGGAGUACGUGCUGCCUGGGUGCUGAGUCUCAACGUCCCCACUGAGGCACUGGCUGGGAGGGGGUGACCCGGGGUGGGUCAGUUCCUCCCCGGCCCGUCCACCCCUCGGAGCAAUGGGAACACAGUCGUCUCUUCCUGCCAGCAUGCAGGUGGUGCUCAAUAAAUGCUUCA